AUGUCUCAAACUAAUUUGGAGCAGACCCCAUCUGGCGCUCCAACCGCCAACACCCACACCAACACUGAGAAUGUGUUGUUGGACAAGGAGGUCGACAAGGACUUGGCCGUGGAGCCUCCUAAGGAGAUCGCUACUAGAUCGGGCAAAGAAUACAUUGCCAUGUCGAUUUUCUGUUUCCUUGUUGCCUUCGGUGGUUUUGUGUUCGGUUUCGACACGGGUACCAUUUCUGGUUUCGUGGCGAUGGACGACUUCGUCGAAAGGUUUGGUCAAUUAAAAGCUUCGGGUGAGUACUACUUGUCAAACUCGAGAACAGGUUUGAUGGUCUCCAUUUUCAACGUCGGUUGCUGCAUUGGUGGUAUUUUCAUUGGUAAAGUCGGUGACAUGUACGGCAGAAGAAUGGGUAUCAUGUUUGCUAUGCUUAUCUACGUUGUCGGUAUCAUUAUCCAGAUUUCCUCUGACGACAAAUGGUACCAAUUCUUCAUUGGUCGUAUGGUUACUGGUCUUGCUGUCGGAACUGUUUCUGUUGUCGCUCCCGUGUUCAUUUCUGAGGUCGCCCCCAAACAGGUGAGAGGUACUCUUGUGUGCUGCUACCAGCUUUGUAUCACUCUCGGUAUCUUCAUUGGUUACUGUACCACCUACGGUACCAAAGAGGCCUACACAGACUCAAGAGUUUGGAGAAUCCCAUUGGGUCUUUGCUUUGCCUGGGCCAUUUUGUUGGUUGUCGGUAUGUUGAACAUGCCCGAGUCCCCAAGAUACUUGAUGUCCAAGUCUCGUGUUGACGAUGCCAGAAGAUCCAUUGCCAGAUCGAACAAGGUUUCUGUUGAUGAUGAAGUCGUUGAAGCUGAAAUCAGAACUAUUCAAGCUGGUCUUGACAAGGAAGCCCUUGCCGGCAACGCCACCUGGAUGGAAUUGAUCAACGGUAAGCCCAAGAUCUUCAGAAGAGUGCUUGUUGGUGUCAUCACUGCCAUUUUGCAGCAACUUUCUGGUAUCAACUACUUCUUCUACUACGGUACCACCAUUUUCAAGGCUGUUGGUAUGGAAGACUCUUUCAAGACCUCCAUUAUUCUUGGUGCUGUCAACUUCGUUUCCACAUUUGCCAACAUUUGGGCCAUUGAGCGUUUGGGUAGAAGAUUGACCCUCUUGAUCGGUUCCGUUUGCAUGACUAUCUGCUUGGUGAUCUACUCUGCUCUUGGUUCUGCCAGAUUGUACAUUGACGGUUACGAAAACACCACCGAAAACACCAGAAAGCCCGUUGGUAACGCUAUGAUUUUCAUCACCUGCUUGAACAUCUUCUUCUUCGCUUCAACCUGGGCUGGUGGUGUCUACUGCAUUCUUUCCGAGACCUACCCAUUGAGAAUCCGUUCCAAGGCCAAGUCUGUUGCUACUGGUGCCAACUGGAUGUUCGGUUUCUUGAUUGCCUUCUUCACCCCAUUCAUCACCUCCUCCAUUCACUUCAACUACGGUUUCGUGUUUGCCGGCUCCAUGCUUUUCUCCAUCUUCUUCAUCUACUUCUUCCUUUGCGAGACCAAGGGUCUUUCCUUAGAAGAGGUCGACGAGAUGUACGCCUCUGGCUUGCCAGCUUGGAAGACUGGUGGUUUCAUUCCCGAGGCCGAGAAGGAGGUUGGCCAAGUCUAA